UCAAGAAAAUAUCACUAAAUUUUCCUAUAUUUUCCACAUUAUAUCUAAACAACUUUAGUCGAUAAAUCCCCAGUUAGAGGCUCCACUUUUGGGUCUUUCAAUAUGGACACUCGACGCAAAUGGAAAAGGUUUGGUCGCCAAACUUACGCAACCUUUGCGAUGUUUUUGGCAGUAGCUUUGGGUCAAUGGAUUAUUGUCUGCUUGGUGGAAAGCGGACGUAAGAUAUUCCGGGAUUUUGAGGAAAUUGGCUCGGCCACCCUUGCUCUAGCUGGCAUCAUUUUCACCAUGUUUGCCUUUAACCAAAAUGUUCGCGUCCACAGGAUUUACAAAUGGAUUGUGGCUUUUGUGUUAGUGGAACUGGAAAUAUUUUCGAUGUACGUGCUUGUUGCUCGAAGUUGGCUUCCAGACAUGUUGGCCUUCUACUUCAUUUGCGUACUUCUAAUAGUCGUAGUCCUGGUCAUUGGCUGCCAUCUUUCGUUUACGAUGGAUUUGACCCAGUUCAUAGCACCGCUCUUUAUCAUGAGCUUCAUAUUGGUCACAUUCUCCGCGUAUUUCCUGAUGUCACAUCUCUUUUUGCCAGACUUAAAGUGCUAUGGCUAUAUGUUCUUCGAGAUUUUUCUAACGCUUGUAAUGUUAUUGAUGGCCACGCUGCAUGCCCAAACCAUUAAUGGAGAUCGGCAUGUCCAGAUGAGCUUGGAUGACUUCAUCUUGGCCGCAUUGCUUCUGUUUCAUGAAUUUCUGGCCAUAUACGCCCUGACUUUCUACUGGCAAAUCAACUAUAACUAUUUCACAUCCACCGACUUCUUCUGGAUGUCGACGAGCACAAAAGAUACUCAUGGAACAACCGCCAUGCAUCGAGAUUAUGAUGACUAUGAUGAUAAGCCAAAUGAAGAGGAAUGGAAAAUUGACAAUAUGACGAACUAUGAUUGGGCUGCAGAAGAUUGGGAAAUCAGCAAUGGCAAAAUGUGAUUUUAAUUUAGUUGGCAAAACAAUGUCGUACCACAACCAUAUGACCUCCA